ACGGUGAGUUGAAUGCGGAAGCACGUCACUGCGCCGACGCGGGAAACCCACGAGUGCGUGGAGUCAAAACAAACCCAAGAGAUUGAACUACUCGUUUGCUGAUAUUUAAGUCGAAGAACGGGUCCGAAAUGUCUAAGAUCGAAAAGAUGAGUAUCCUGGGAGUAAGGAGUUUUGGAGUUGAGGAUAAAGACAAACAAGUGAUCACCUUCUUCAGCCCUCUGACGGUCCUUGUGGGACCUAACGGAGCUGGAAAAACGACCAUCAUUGAAUGCCUCAAGUACAUCACUUCAGGAGACUUUCCACCAGGAAGUAAAGGAAGCACAUUUGUCCAUGAUCCCAAAGAUGCCCAUGAGACGGAUGUACGGGCACAGAUCAGACUCCAGUUUAGAGAUGUGAAUGGCGAUCCUGUGGCUGUCCAGAGGUCUAUGCAAAGCACACAGAAGGGCAAGAAAACAGAGUUCAAAACCCUUGAGGGAGUCAUCACAAGAUUCAAGCACGGAGAGAAAGUGGGCCUGAGCUCCAAGUGUGCUGAAAUGGACCGUGAGAUGAUCUCGGCACUGGGCGUCUCCAAGGCUGUUAUCAACCAUGUCAUCUUCUGCCACCAAGAGGAGUCCAACUGGCCUCUGAGUGAAGGAAAAGCCCUCAAGCAGAAGUUUGAUGACAUUUUCUCAGCCACAAGGUACAUUAAGGUACUGGAGACCCUGCGGGCACUGAGGUUGAAGCAGAGCGGCAUUGUCAAAACCUGCCAGACGGAGCUCAAGUACCUGAAACAGAACAAAGAUAAAGCCCAAGAGAUCCGAGAGCUGCUGUCCACUAAAGAGACUCAGCUGGCUUCCUCUAAAGAAAGUGUCCAACGCAUCGAGAGUCAGAUAGACCCACUGGAGAACCGAAUGUAUGACAUAGACAGUAGUCUCAGCAAAGUGAUGAAAUUGGAUAAUGACAUCAAAGCUUUGGACAGCAGGAAGAAACAAAUGGAGGAUGAUAACCGGGAACUAGAGGAAAAGAUGGAACAGGUAUUCCAGGGCACAGACGAUCAGCUGCAGGACAUGUAUCAGAAUCACCAGAGGACUGUGAAGGAGAAGGAACGGAGACUUGUGGAGUGCCAGCGUGAUCUUGAACGUGCAGGCAGAGAGUGCCAAAGGAUGAACCGCAUCAAAUCUGACAUGCUAGUUGAGCAAGGACGUCUGCAGUUGGAGGCCGAUAGACACACACAAAACAUUAAAAAGAGGGACACCCAGGUCAAGAGUUUAGCAUCUUUCCUGGAGUUAGAGGGUUAUGACCGGACCCCUCUUAAUGAGCGACAGCUCCAGAGCUUCCACAGACAAGUCAAAGAGAGACUGGACCAGGACACAGAGGCCCUUGACCAAACGAUGCGUGAUAUGCAAGAGAAAGAGACACAGAAGCAGCAAAGCAUCGAUGAUCUCAGAGAUAAAAAGACAGGUCUAGAGAGAACCAUUGAGCUCAAGAGAGACAUACAGGCCAAGAAACAACAGGAACUGAAAAACAUCAAGUCUGACCUCCAAAGACUGGAGGGCUCCUCAAGCAGACUACAGGAGCUAGAAACUGAACUUCAGAAAGCGGAGCGUGAGCUUGAUAAUGCUGUACAGGCCUGUACGGUGGACAGUCUAAAGGCAGAGGUAGUUGAACUACAAAAGGAGAAAACCGAACUGGAUCAGGCCCAGCGCAAGCUAGACCAGGAGAUGGAAUUACUCAACACACACACCGCAACACGCACACAAAUGGACAUGCUCAAGAAGACCAAGAUGGAAAAAGAAGAACAAGUGAGGAAGAUCAAGUCGAGACAUAAUGAAGAGCUGGUGUCUCUGAUGGGACACUUCCCAAGCAAGAAAGAGCUAGAAGACUGGAUCUACUCCAAAUCCAAAGAGAUCAACUUCACCAGAGACCGGCUCAACAAAAUGAAUAAGGAGCUUGCAUCUGGAGAACAGAAGAAGUCUCAUUUGACUGCUGAAGUCAAACGUAAGGAAGAGCAGCUGGCCAGCUUUGAAGAGAGACUUUUUAAUGUGUGCGGCAGUCAGGACUUUGAGUCGGACUUGAACAAACUGGAGGAUGAGUUGGAGAAGUGCUCCAAACAGAGAGCUAUGCUGGCGGGUGCUACGGCCGUGUACAGUCAGUUCAUCAGUCAGCUGACAGAGGAGGGCGAGCCCUGCUGUCCCGUGUGUCAGCGUGUGUUCCCAUCAGAAGCAGAGCUCCAGGACGUCAUUAAUGACAUGCAGUCAAAGCUGCGACUCGUCCCAGACAAACUAAAGAACACUGAGCAUGACCUGAAGAGGAAGGAGCGCCGGCGUGAUGAAAUGAUGGAACUGAAGCCCAUCAGGCAGUCCAUAGCGGAGCUCCAGGAGAAAGAGCUGCCAGAGCUCAGAAAUAAACUCCAGCGUGUCAAUCGAGACAUUGAGAAGCUGAAAGGAGACACUGAGGAGCAAGAGACACUGCUGUGCACACUGAUGUCUGAGGAAGACACAGCCAAGGCCUGUCUGCAGGACAUAUCACUCAUGGAUCGCUAUCAGCUUGACCUGAAGGAUGUAGAAAGGAAGAUCGCUCAACAUGCAGCCAGGCUGCAGGGAGUUGACCUCAGCCGCACCAUGCAGCAGGUCAGCCAGGAGAAGCAAGAGACCCAACACCGCCUGGACACCACCUGCAGCAAGAUUGAACUGAAGAGGAAACUGAUCCAGGACCAGCAGGAGCAGAUCCAGGCCUUGAGGAGCAGUGUAAAUGAGAUUCGUGGAGAAAAGCUCCAGAUCUCCAGCAAUAUGCAGAAACGUCAACAGUUGGAGGAGCAGUGUGUGGAGUACUCCACUGAGAUCCAGACACUCCACAGAGACAUUCGAGAUGCGAAGGAGCAGGUGUCUCCUCUAGCUGCCACUCUGGAGAAGCUCCAGCAGGAGAAACAGGACCUUGCUGAGCGCAAGAGACAGAAACAGGGGGAAGGACAGGAAAAGAUAAAUGGAAUCAAAGAAAAAGUUAAAAACCUGACCCUCCUUGAGAGAGAGAUUACCAAGUACAUAGAAGAGGGGAAGGACAGCUACAAAGAGCAAAAGGAAACUGAGCUACAAGAGGUGGACAAACAACUACACGAGGCUGAAAAACAGCGAGAGAAGAUCAAUAAAGACAUUGGCAACAUCCGACAAGAUAUUGACACUCAGAAGGUUCAAGAGCGCUGGCUACAGGACAACUUGACAUUACGAAAGCGUGUGGAGGAGCUGAAAGAAGUGUCCAGGAAACGUGAAGACUUGGUUAAGGAGAUGGGCAACAUGCAAGUUCUGCAGCUGCGCAAUGAGCGGCGAGAAGUGGAACGAAAGUUGGAGGACCUAAAAAAGAACCGCAGUGUGGCACUCGGUCGACAGAAAGGCUAUGAAGACGAGAUCCUCCGUUUCCGUAAAGAGCUCAGUGAGGAUCAGUAUUGCCGGGCCGAUGAUCUCUACAGAGACCAAAUGAUUGUGAUGAGAACAACAGAGUUGGCCAAUAAGGACCUGGACAUCUACUACAAAGCCCUAGACCAAACAAUAAUGAAGUUUCACAGCAUGAAGAUGGAGGAGAUUAAUAAAAUCAUCAGAGAUUUAUGGCGGAGCACGUACAGAGGACAAGACAUUGAGUAUGUGGAGAUACGCUCUGAUGUGGAUGAGAACACCUCCGCUGGCCUGAAAAGAAGGACCUAUAACUAUAGAGUGGUAAUGGUCAAAGGAGACACUGCGUUGGACAUGCGUGGACGUUGUAGUGCUGGACAAAAGGUUCUUGCCUCUCUCAUAAUACGGUUGGCUCUGGCUGAGACCUUUUGCCUGAACUGUGGGAUUCUGGCACUGGAUGAGCCCACCACCAACCUAGACAGAGAGAAUAUAGAGUCUUUGGCACAUGCACUGGUGGAGAUAAUUAAGAGUCGUUCUCGCCAACGCAACUUCCAGCUCCUUGUUAUCACCCACGAUGAGGAUUUUGUGGAGCUCCUGGGACGAUCCAACUAUGUUGAGCAUUUCUACAGGAUCAGGAAGAACCAGGACCAGUGCUCAGAGAUCACAAAGUGUAACAUUAACACUCUUAACUCCUACCUGCACUGAUGCAUCAGAUCAGAUGAGAGAAGAAAGACUUUUAGUCUACAGAGGUGAUGGAAUCAGUUCAGUUCUUGGACGGUUGUUAAGUUUGAUUUAAACAAGGUUUAUCAGCCUCCCUGCAUCUACCAACUAAAAGUGUGUGUUGGCCUUCUUGAACACUUAGUUGACUCAUUUCAAAAAUAAAAAUUAAAAAACAA